AUGUCCUGGCAAAAUGGAGGCCUGAGCCCCACCCACUCAUCGUCAUCCUUAUCGACUUCUGUAUCUGCGAUCUCCUCCUCGUUGCCGCCCAGCGCCAUCCGCGCCCAGCCGGGCAAGCGCGACUCCAUCAUCCUCCGCAGCCCGGCCGAACGUAGACGACUCAUCCGCAUCUACGUCGCAUCUGCCCUCCUCCGCGGGCUCCCAUCGCUGACCACCACCUCGCUCUCGUCCGCGCUCUCGGCCACGGACGUGGCCUCGGCCCCGCCGCUGGUGCUGCUCAACGUCUACUGCCCGGACCGCGACGUGGGCAUCCGCCUCCAGUUCACCCCGGCCUCCACCGUCGAAGAGGCCAUCGACCAGACCGGGGCGUCGCUCGAGGAGGCCAUACGGAAGCCGUGGCGCUUCCUCAACGAGGGCGGCUCGCCGUUCUUCCUCUACCGCGAGCGCACCCUCGCCUCCUACAACCUACGCGACGAAGACGAAUUGGAUCUGGUGUUGCCCGACAGGCCGCCGCAGCUGGUGAAGAUCUCCAUUCGCGACAACCAAUCCAGCUAUACGCAGCGCGUCGAGGAGGACACGACUGUGUGGGAAGUGGUGCACAAGAUCACGCGCAAGAUCGCCGACUCAGCCCAGCAUCCUCUGGACGAGUACGCGCUGUUCACCGCCGACGGCAAGUCUCUGAGGGAGGACGACCUGCUCGCUACCCACGCGCCGAGCAUUGCGACGAAACUAGAGUUUCGGCGAAUGCACCAGCAACUGAAGGAUCUCAAUCAGCUUCACCUGCGUGUCGUUAAUACCUGCGGCGACCAAAAGGGGUUGAACGAGUGUCUGUUGGGUUUCAACCGGACCGCCCUGGUGAAGGACGUGCUGCGGCGUGCGCUCAAGCUGUUCCCUAUCAAGGACCGCUUCAGCGCCGCCCUCUUCGUCCCGGCCUCACAGAUGUGGAUGCCCCUCGCGGCAUCUCUCGACGAACUCCGCCUCGAAGAAAACGCUGUGAUUGAGCUGCGACCUUUGUACAAAUCAUUCACGCUGACCGUUCCUUUGGGCAAAGACCGGAUCACGGAUGUGUACAAGUUCCGAGCGCACGACACGGUGCAGGACCUGUACGAUCUGCUUCUCUUCAACAACCUGCAAGUCAGCGAGUCCAAGGAGAAGUACAAACUGUGCAACAAGGCCGGCGUCGAGUUCCGCCCGCAGAUGCCCAUCUGGUCCUACGGCAUCAAGUCGUUUGAGGUGCGGGUCAAGCUGCAGCCGGUCGCGAUUGUGAUCAUGGGCCGCGAGCAGGUGGUCGACAUCGACUUCUCGGCGCCGGUGGACGACGUGAUCCGGGUCAUCUGCCGCCGCUUCCGCAUCGACACCACGCAGACGGACAAGCUCACGCUCCACUCGCCCGCCGUGCCCGCGGCGCUCAACCCGCGCAGCUCGCUCAACGACCAGAACGUGCCGCCCUCGUGCGCGCUCAUCGUUAAGAUGGCUGCGGCUCAGCAGCUGCCCACGCCCAGCGGGGCGGCCAAAGCCGGUGACGCCGGCGGCGACGGGGCCAAGGGCCUGGCCAUGGCCGCCGCGGCGAUGGUGGCCAAGCGGUCGGGCAAGGGCAGCGAGAAGCCGCCCAAGGCCUCCAAGGCGGGCGGCGGCAAGGACAAGGACGGCGCCGCGGGCGAUGGCAUCACCGUCGGCACCGUCAAGGUCUCCCUCGAGCAGCUCCCCUCCACCCUCACCAUCGGCAAGGAGGACACGGGAAAGUACGGCGAGCGGGUCAAUAUAUGGACCGAGCCGGAGGGUCCGCAGUACUGCACGCUGGAGACGGGGACCGACGGCAAGACGGUCCUGCUCGCCGGCACCCUCAACAAGCUCGUCAUACACCUCACCUCCGCCACCGCCACCGAUGUGCGAUACAUGCACGCGUUUUUGAUGACCUAUCUUUCCUUUACCAAUCCGCGCACGCUCCUCAACAAGCUCAUCGAGCGAUACCACGUACCGGCCGCGACCCACUCGGACUCCGAGGUGAAGCGAAUCCAGCUGCGAGUGUGCAACGUGCUCAAGUAUUGGGUGUCGCAACACUUUGACGAUUUCGACCACGACCUCAUCCAGACCGUGGUCAAUUUUGUCGACGAGAGCCUGGCCGUCGACGGCCACGACUCUGUGACCGGCGUACUCCGCAACGCCAUCGUGAAGCGAACAUGUGGGCUGAAGAGCCGCGUCACCCGAGGCCGCGUCCUAAUCGUCAGCAAGGGCUCCACCGCCCCUGCGCCCAAGGUGGGGGCGGAGGUGGUGUCGGGCGCGGGCGCGGACGUAGCUAUGUCCAUUUUCGAUUUUGACGAAGAGGAGGUCGCGCGCCAGCUCACCCUCCGCGAGUUCCUGCUCUACCGCGAAAUCAAAUCGUCCGAGCUGCUCGACCAAGCGUGGAACAAGGAGAAGCUGCACCACAAGGCGUUCAACGUGUUGCACAUGAUCCAAAAGUGGAACGAAACGUCGAUGUGGGUGAUCUCGCUCAUCCUCGAGCCCGUCAAGGCCAAAUACCGCGCCAAGCGAUGGGAGUCGCUCAUCAAGAUAGCCAAGCACGUGGAGCGAAUGAACAACUUCAAUCUGCUGAUGGCGCUGGUGAGCGGGAUGAACAACGCGUGCGUGGCGCGGCUCAAGUGGACCAAGGCGCUCAUGUCCCGCAAAUCGCUGGAGACCCUGGAGCGACUGGAGACGCUGAUGUCGCCCGAGGGGUCGUACAAGGCCUACCGCGAGACCCUCGCCUCCAUCAACCCGCCCUGCAUCCCCUUCAUCGCCGUCCACUUGUCCGAUCUCGUAUUUAUGGAAGAUGGCAACCCUGACGAAACCAACGGACUCAUCAAUUGGUACAAGCGGAGCCUCGUCCACAGGGUGAUAGACCUGUUUGGGCAAUACCAGAACAGUGGGUACAACUUGACCUACGUGGGCGCGGUGGCGACCUUCCUGGACGACAUGACAUGCCCCAGCGAGAAGGAGCUCUUCGAGGUGUCCCUCCAGCGCGAGCCGCGCAAUGCCCAGAAGAACCAGAUCCUCUGA